CGUUAGUAUUGACAGAGUAAGUCGCAAAUGAUAUUUUCAUCGAGUAAGAUGGAAUCGGGCAAUCUAUUCAAUUCUACCUUUAGAGUGAAAAAAGAACCUUGGGACGAUCAUCUCAAUGAUAAUAAUGAUAUAAUUGACACAACACCCGUUACUCAAAAUAUAAAAUACGAAAGGUUUCGGCGAGAAAAUUCAAAUCAAAUACAUCAAGAAUUUGACGGAAAUCAUGGAAAUGAACUUGACGACCUGGAAAUCGAAAUGGAAUGUACAGACAUGAAGCCCAAUUUAUUGGCAGUUGCGAAAAUUGAAGAUUAUUCUCCAAAUCAAUGGCCGGAUAGCGAUGAGUAUAAAACUGGAAGCAAAAUAAAACUAGAAACUGUCGCGACAGUGAAGAAAGAAAUUUUAAGCGAAGAAGAAACUGAUUUGAAUUUCGGACGUGGACUCAGCGAGCAAAAUGAAACAGGAAGUGUUUCAAAAGAGUCGAACUAUAAGAGGAGUCUCAAAGCACACGUGGGUAUAGUGCAAAGUGGUAUUAAUAAUGCAUGCGAUAUAUGCCAAAAAACAUUAUCAGACAAGGGUAAUCUCAAAAGACACAUGGAUUCGGUGCAUCGUAAAAUAAGGCACGCUUGCGAUGUAUGCCAAAAGACAUUCUCAAACAGGAGUAAUCUCAGAAAGCACAUUGAUUCGGUGCAUCGUAAAAUAAGGCAUGCAUGUGAUAUUUGUGGAAAGACAUUUACUCGAAAAGAUCAUCUCAAAAUCCACAUAGAAUCGGUGCAUAAUAGUGUCAGACAUGCAUGCGAUAUUUGUGAAAAAACAUUCACAACAAAGUAUUAUCUCCAAAACCAUAUCGAUGCUGUGCACAAUGGAAUCGGCUUCGCAUGUGACGUAUGUGGAAAGACAUACAUACAGAAUAGUCAACUCAAAGUCCACAUCGAUGCAAUGCAUAAUAAUAUUACUCACGCAUGUAAUAUAUGCGGAAAUAAAUUCACACAAAAAAUUAAUCUCAAAACCCAUAUCGAAGCUGAGCACAAUGGAAUCACCCAUCCUUAUGAUAUGUGCACAAAGAAAUUUACUGCGAAAAGUAGUCUGAAAACCCAUAUCGAUGCUGAGCACAAUGGAAUCACCCAUCCAUGUGAUUUCUGUGAAAAAAAAUUUAAAUACCAAACUCAACUCAACAAGCACGUCAAAUUUUCGCAUAGUGAUAUCAUACAUUCAUGCGAGACCUGCGGCAAGACAUUCGGAAAGAAAAGAAGUCUCAGAGCUCACAUCGAUGUGGCACAUCACCCACGCAAUCAGACCUAA